CUGGCUUAACCCACAAAUUACUGAUCUACGCCCGUGCCAGCUGAGAAAAAUCUUACAUCUACUGAAUCUCCAGUAGCAAGUGGAAGUGUGGUGUCUUAUUCCACCCUGAAAAGGCGAUUCAAUUGGAUACCGAAUUUUUCCAAUAUACUUUCGGAAUCAAAUGGGCGCCAAAUCUCCCCGACAUGGAAAUGCCAAUUAUGCAGUGUCACCGUCCAAUUGUAAAUUAGCCAAAUCGUAUGCUGUUACUCUAAAGCAGGAUCGAGACGAGCUGGAAAUGAAGUUACAUAAACUGACUGCCGAUGCGAAAGCCGCCUUGCCGGCGUAUGAAGACCUUAGAUCUCAGAGGAAGAGACGGAACAUCAUAGGCACUAUCAUGAGUCCUGUUUAUAGAUUUUUCGGACUCGCUAGUUCGAAAGAUAUUGACAUUUUAUCAAAUCAUAUACAAAACCUAAAGAAAGGACAACGGACCCUUUUCCGGGGCCAAAGGGCGUUGAGAUCAAGUGUUCUAACCCUUGCUAAUAUUACUGAUUCUCGCAUUCAAAAUCUGGUAUCUGUUAUGGGUCGCAAUCAGGCAAAAAUAGCUAGAGCAUUUAGAAAUGCUUCUGUGGCUCUGGAUGAUGUAAACAUGAGGGUUAUUUCCGCUAACUCGCAUAUUGUUCAAUUCAGGCGGUUAAUACUAUUCAUAGCUAGGGCAAUCCAUUCCCAAACUAGACACAUGUCAGAAAUUGAGAUGGCUUAUGCUAGUUUUUUGUCGAGUAUUGAUAACAUCCUUAAGAGUCAGUUGCCUUUUGUAUUUUUUGAGUCCGUCACUGCUAGAAAAGGUUAUAUCUGAGGUCGUUUUGGUAAUCCAGUCAGAAUUGAGUGAUCAAUAUUCGUUAGUGUAUGAAGUCCCUGUAGAUUAUUAUAAGAAUGUGAAGGUCAUUGCCUUAGCCUUGUACAUCAUGUUAUCAAUUCCAUAUCAUCAUAAAAGUGGACAAUAUUUGGUUUAUGAAG